ACGCCGUUCGCAGCUUCGUCAAUCCGAAAACUUUUCCCACUUUUGCUGAGUCAGGAGAGAUAAUCUUGUUGAGGAUGAUGCAAUGGUGCAGCUUCAUGGCCUGCCCUGUCUGCCUUAAAGGAACCCCGUAACUUACUAAUUCUAAGCUAUAGCCGGCCGUUUUGCGGGCUUUACCACAUCCACCUGAGACUUUCACCAGAACAGCAAACCAGCAGGCCUCUCUUAUCUCUUUCUUCCUGACGCAAUUAAACGUACGAUCUAUUCGAUCUAAUCAUUUCUCACAAGUCUUAUCAGCCAACAUGUCAACACCAACGAACAAGCAGACCUUCACCCUGAACAAUGGGGUCAAGAUCCCCGCCUUAGGAUUUGGGACCUUCGCCAACGAAGGGGCCAAAGGCGAGACUUUCAAGGCGGUCACCAAAGCCCUAGAGGUUGGCUACAGACACCUGGACUGUGCCUGGUUCUACAAGAACGAGGCCGAAGUCGGCGAGGCUCUCCGCGCUUUUCUAGAGAAGAAUCCGUCUGUGAAGCGUGAAGAUAUCUUCAUCUGCACUAAGGUGUGGAAUCACCUGCACGAGCCGGAUGAGGUAAAGUGGUCGCUGGAGAACUCGCUCCAGAACUUCGGCCUUGACUACAUUGACCUAUUUCUGGUCCACUGGCCCAUCGCUGCGGAGAGCAACGACGACCAUCUACCCAAGAUUGGGGCUGACGGUUACUAUGUCAUCAAGAAGGGUUUGACUGAAAACCCUGAGCCGACGUGGCGUGCUAUGGAGGAACUCUAUGAAUCUAAGAAGGCCCGCGCCAUUGGCGUAUCCAACUGGACUGUUGCUGGCCUCAAGCAAUUGCUAAGCUUUGCCAAGGUCAAGCCAACAGUCAAUCAGAUCGAGAUCCACCCUUUCCUACCCAAUCAGGAACUGGUCGAGUACUGUCUGCAGAACGACAUUCUACCUUCGGCGUACUCGCCUUUAGGUUCACAGGACCAAGUGCCUAACACAGGCGAGAAGGUUCGAACAAACAAAACACUUAAUGAGGUCGCCGACCGCAGUGGCCAUACCCUUGCACAAAUCUUGCUGGCUUGGGGAGUCCGCCGCGGAUACGUAGUAUUGCCUAAGAGCUCGACGCCAUCGCGCAUCGAGAGCAAUUUCGAUGUCCCGCAGCUCUCGGACGCCGAUUUCGAGGCUGUUAACGCGGUUGCCAAGGGAAGACAUACGCGCUUCGUUAACAUGAAGGAUACCUUCGGAUAUGACGUCUGGCCCGAGGAGACCAAGGUUGGCGGCGUUUCUGUAUAAAUGCACAAUGCAAAGUUGAGCAGUGAGGUAAUUGCUCAACAGGAAACAUACGAGGUCAUGGCGCCAUAAAAUGGCAUGGUUGAGCGAGCGAGUAGAUUUUCCCCGUCAGCCUCUGCGAAGAGGCUACGUGCUUGUGGCAUGGUAGCAUGACGUCUAGAUAUCCACGAGUUUUGGGUUUUUGGGCGUUGGCGAAUUAAAAAAGGGGUCCCUACCUACCUAGGUAGGUAGAUAGAGGGAACGCGUGGGGUUAU